CCUCUCCCCGGCCGGGGGAGGGGGGGAAGGAUAUGAAGAUCUGAGUGGCCGAGGGCGGCCGGGGCGGGGCCGGGGCGGCCCUGGAGGCCCAAGGCAAAGUCGCCGGCAGGGCAGGCUGGGCGCACCAGGAGGGUUGGGUGCUGCGUGCGCCCGAGGACCCGGUGGGACCACUUGGCCGGCUCAGGAUGAGGACGCGCUGGACGACCCCUUGCCGCGCGGCAGAGCUCCUCGUGCUGUUCCUCCGGUGCUUCGGACUGGCGGAGCCCUUUGGCCGGGCAGGUAAUGAUCCCUUCACCAUCGUCAAUGAAAACACGGGCAAGUGCCUCAAGCCACUGAAUGACUGGAUAGUAGCAAAGGACUGUGAUGAAAGCAGGGAUCUGUUAUGGAAGUGGGUAUCCCAACAUCGGCUCUUUCAUUUGGAAUCCCAGAAGUGUCUUGGCCUAAAUAUUACCAAAUCCACUGAUUCCUUGAGAAUGUUCAGCUGUGACUCGAAUGCCAUGCUGUGGUGGAAAUGUGAGCACCACUCUGUGUAUGGAGCUGCCCAGUACAGGUUGACUCUGAAGAGUGGACAUGCCAUAGCAAGUACAAAUUCAUCUGAUGUCUGGAAGAAAGGAGGCUCAGAGGAAAGCCUCUGUGAGCAGCCUUACCAUGAGAUAUACACCAGAGAUGGGAACUCUUAUGGAAAACCAUGCGAAUUUCCAUUCUUUGUCAAUGGGACCUGGCAUCAUGAGUGCAUUGUUGAUGAAAAUCACGGUGGGCCAUGGUGUGCAACCACCUUAAACUAUGAGUAUGAGCAAAAAUGGGGCAUCUGCUUAGAACCAGAAAUUGGCUGUGAAGGUAAUUGGGAAAAGAACGAGCAGAUUGGAAGUUGCUACCAGUUUAAUACUCAAGCAGCUCUUUCUUGGAAAGAAGCUUAUGUUUCAUGUCACAAUCAGGGAGCUGACUUACUGAGCAUCAACAACGCUUCUGAGUUAACUUAUCUUAAAGAAAAAGAAGGCAUUGCAAGAAUUUUCUGGAUUGGCUUAAAUCAACUGUACUCUGCUAGAGGCUGGGAAUGGUCAGACCACAAGCCCUUAAACUUUCUCAACUGGAACCCAGAUGUGCCGAGUGCACCUACAAUAGGUGGGUCAAGCUGUGCAACAAUGGAUGCCGCGUCUGGUCUGUGGCAGAGUUUUUCCUGUGAAGCUCAACUGCCCUACGUCUGCAAGAAACCGUUAAAUAACACAGUGGAGCUAACAGAUGUCUGGACAUAUUCAGAUACCCGCUGUGAUGCAGACUGGCUGCCAAAUAACGGAUUUUGCUAUCUACUGGUAAAUGAAAGUAAUUCCUGGGAUAAGGCAAAUAUGCACUGCAAAGCCUUGAGCAGUGACCUCAUCAGCAUUCAUUCUUUAGCGGAUGUGGAGGUGGUUGUCACAAAACUCCAUAAUGGGGGUGCCAAAGAAGAAACAUGGACAGGCCUUAAGAACAUAAAUACGCCAACUUUAUUUCAGUGGUCAGAUGGUACUGAAGUUACUCUAACAUAUUGGGAUGAGAAUGAGCCAAAUGUUUCCUUCAAUCAGACUCCCAACUGUGUUUCCUAUUUAGGAAAGCUAGGUCAUUGGAAGGUCCAAUCAUGUGAAGAGAAACUUAAAUAUGUAUGCAAGAAAAAGGGAGAAAACAUGAAUGAUUCAAGAUCUGAUAAGAUGUGUCCUCCAGAUGAGGGCUGGAAGAGACAUGGAGAAACCUGUUACAAGAUUUACCAGGAUGAGGUCCCUUUUGGAACCAACUGCAAUCUGACUAUAACUAGCAGAUUUGAACAAGAAUACCUGAAUGAUAUGAUUAAAAAGUAUAGUAAAUCUCCGGGAAAAUACUUCUGGACUGGCCUGAGAGAUACAGAUUCACGUGGAGAGUAUGGUUGGGCAAGUGUUAGCGGAGUAAAGCGGACUGUAACCUUUUCCAACUGGAACUUUCUUGAGCCUGCUUCUCCAGGUGGGUGUGUAGCUAUGUCUACUGGAAAGUCUCUUGGAAAGUGGGAGGUAAAAGACUGCAAAAGCUUCAGAGCACUUUCGAUUUGCAAGAAGAUAAGUGGGCCCGCUGAGCCUGAAGAAGCAGCCCCCAAGCCUGGCGACUCCUGUCCUGAAGGCUGGCUUAGUUUGCCCUCAGGUCUUUCUUGUUAUAAGGUGUUUCAUGUAGAAAGAAUAGUAAGAAAGAGGAACUGGGAAGAAGCUGAGAGAUUCUGCCAAGCACUUGGGGGACACCUUCCUAGCUUCAGUCAUGUGGAUGAAAUAAAGGAAUUUCUUCACGUUUUAAUGGACCAGUUCAGUGGCCAACGUUGGCUGUGGAUAGGUUUGAAUAAAAGGAGCCCUGAUUUAGAAGGAUCCUGGCAAUGGAGUGAUCGUACACCAGUAUCUACUAUUAUCAUGGAAAAUGAAUUUCAGCAGGAUUAUGAUAUCAGAGACUGUGCUGCUGUGAAGGUCGUUCAUAACCCAUGGCGAAGAAGCUGGUUUUACCAUGAGGACAGGGAAUUUAUUUAUUUAAGGCCUUUUGCUUGUGAUGCGAAACUUGAAUGGCUGUGCCAGAUUCCAAAAGGCCGUUUGCCAAAAACACCAGACUGGUACAAUCCAGAGCGUGCGGGAAUUCAUGGACCACCAGUUAUAGUAGAAGGGAGUGAAUAUUGGUUUGUUGCUGAUCCUCAUUUAAACUACGAAGAAGCCGUCCUGUAUUGUGCUAGCAAUCACAGUUCUCUGGCUACUGUGACAUCUUUUGUAGGACUAAGAGCCAUCAAAAACAAAAUAGCAAAUAUAUCUGGUGAUGAACAGAAGUGGUGGGUGAGAAGUGAGCAGCCAACAAAUCGUCGUUUUUUAUACUCACGAUAUCCAUGGCGUCACAUCCCUAUAACCUUUGGGGAGGAAUGCUUGUACUUGUCUGCCAGGAGUUGGUUUAGCGACUUAAAUAAACCAGCAGACUGUAGUAUCAAGUUGCCCUUCGUCUGUGAAAAAUAUAAUGUAUCUUCAUUAGAGAAAUAUAGUCCAGACUCUGCAGCUAAAGUACAAUGCUCUGGGGAUUGGACUCCUUUUCAGAAUAAGUGUUUUCUAAAGCUCAAAGGCAAGUCUCUCACAUUUACUCAAGCAAAUGACGUCUGUCACUCCUAUGGUGGCACCCUUCCUUCAGUGUUGAGCCAGAGAGAACAAGAUUUUAUUACAUCCUUGCUUCCGGGUAUGGAAGCUACUUUAUGGAUUGGUUUGCGCUGGACUGCCUAUGAAAGGAUGAGCAAAUGGACAGAUGACAGAGAGCUGACAUAUGGUAACUUUCACCCAUUAUUGGUUGGUCGGAGGCUGAGAAUACCAAAAGAUAUUUUUGAAGAAGAUUUCCCCUACUACUGUGCUCUCAUGCUCAAUCUCCAAAAGUCUCCUUAUACUGGGACGUGGAAUUUUACUUCCUGCAGUGAACACCACACUCUGGCUCUCUGUCAGAAAUAUUCAGAAAUUGAAGACAGACAGACCAUACAGAAUACUUCAGAAACUGUGAAAUAUCUAGAUAAUCUGUACAAAAUAAUCCUGAAGACUAUGACCUGGUCCGAUGCUCUAAGGGAGUGUCAGAAAGAUAACAUGCGCCUGGUGAGCAUCACAGACCCUUACCAGCAGGCGUUCCUAACUGUGCAGGCGGUCCGUCAUAACUCUUCUUUAUGGAUUGGACUCUCCAGUCAAGACGAUGAGCUCAACUUUCGGUGGUCGGAUGGGAGACAGCUUCAAUUUAGUCGCUGGGCUGAAAACAACAUGCAACUUGAAGACUGUGUAAUAUUAGAUACUGAUGGAUUCUGGAAAACAUAUGACUGCUAUGAUCAGCAACCGGGUGCUAUCUGCUACUAUCCAGGAAAUGAGACUGAAAAAGAGGUCAAACCAGUUAGCAACGUUCAAUGUCCAUCUCCUGUUCUAAACACUCCUUGGAUACCAUUUCAGAACUGUUGCUACAAUUUCAUGAUAACAAAGGAUAGAUACACAGCAAGAACACAAGACGAAUCUCAUUCUAAAUGCCAGAAACUGAAUCCAAAAUCACAUAUUCUGAGUAUUCGAGAUGAAAAAGAGAAUGACUUCGUUCUUGAGCAGCUUCUGCACUUCAAGGAUAUGGCUUCAUGGGUCGUGUUAGGUGUAACUUAUGAAAAUGGUUCUCUCAUGUGGUCUGAUAAGACCAAGCUGUCAUAUACACACUGGAGAGAGGGAAGACCAGAUAUAAAAAAUGGCAAGUUUUUUGCUGGCUUGAAUACUGAUGGCUUCUGGGAUAUUCAGACUUUUAAAGUUAUUGAAGAAAUACUUUAUUUUCAACAGCGCAGCAUUCUUGCUUGUAAAAUUGAAAUGGUUGAAUACAAGGAAGAAUAUAAUACUACUCUGCCACAGUUUAUCCCAUAUGAAGAUGGUAUUUACAAUGUUAUUCAAAAAAAGAUGACAUGGUAUGAAGCAUUAAACACCUGUUCCCAGAGUGGAGGUCAUUUGGCAAGUGUUCAUGACCAAAAUGGCCAGCUCUUUCUGGAAGAUAUCGUAAAGCGUGAUGGAUUUCCACUAUGGGUUGGCCUCUCAAGUCAUGAUGGAAGUGAAUCAAGUUUUGAAUGGUCUGAUGGCAGUGCAUUUGACUACAUCCCAUGGAAAGAGAAAAAAUCUGCUGGAAAUUGUGUUAUCUUGGAUCCAAAUGGAAUUUGGAAACAUGAAAAAUGCAACUCUGUUACAGAUGGUGCUAUUUGUUAUAAACCUAAGAAAUCUAAAGAGGCGUCCUCUCAUACAUCCUCAUCAAGAUGUCCAGCAGUAAAAGGGAAUGCGUCACAGUGGAUCCAGUACAGGGACCACUGUUAUGCAUCUGACCAGGCAUUGCACAGUUUCUCAGAAGCCAAACAGUUUUGUUCAAAACUUGAUCAUUCCGCAAAUAUUGUUACCAUAGAAGAUGAAGACGAGAAUACCUUCGUGAGCAGACUGAUGAGGGAAAAUAAUAAUAUUACCAUGAGAGUUUGGCUUGGAUUAGCUCAACAUUCUGCUGAUCAGUCUUGGAAUUGGUUAGAUGGAUCAAAAGUGACAUUUGUCAAAUGGGCAAAUAAAAAUAAGAGUGGUGUUGGAAAAUGUAGCAUUUUGUUAGCUUCAAAUGAAACUUGGAUAAAAGUUGAAUGUUUGAAUGGCUACGGAAGAGUUGUCUGCAAAGCUCCUCUGGACUGUCCUUCAUCUACCUGGGUUCAGUUCCAAGACAGUUGUUACAUUUUUCUUCAAGAAGCCAUCAAAGUAGAAAGCAUAGAGGAUGUUAGAAAUCAGUGUACUGACCAUGGAGCAGACAUGAUAAGCAUACAUAAUGAAGAAGAAAAUGCUUUUAUACUGGAUACUUUGAAAAAGCAAUGGAAAGGCCCAGAUGAUAUCCUACUAGGCAUGUUUUUUGACACAGAUGAUUCGAGUUUCAAGUGGUUUGAUAAGUCAAAUAUGACAUUUGAUAAGUGGACAGACCAAGAAGAUGGUGAGGACCUGGUUGACACCUGUGCCUUUUUGCACACCAAGACAGGUGAAUGGAAAAAAGGAAACUGUGAAGUUUCUUCUGUGGAGGGAACCCUUUGUAAAGCAGCUAUCCCAUAUGAGAAGAAAUAUUUAUCAGAUAACCACAUUUUAAUAUCAGCUUUGGUGAUUGCUAGCACAGUAAUUUUGACAGUUUUGGGAGCAAUCAUUUGGUUCCUGUACAAAAGAAAUUUGGAUGCUGGUUUCACCACAGUCUUUUCAACUGCAACCCAAUCUCCUUAUAACGAUGACUGUGUUUUGGUAGUUGCAGAAGAAAAUGAAUAUGCUGUUCAGUUUGACUAAAAUUUUGGAAAUCUCAGAUUAAGACAUCAAAUACCUUGACAAUGAUUCUUGUGCAAGAUUUUAACAUAAAACUUAAUGAAAAUUAUAAUUUAUAUGACAUAUUUCAUUAUUCUAGUAACAUUAUUCUCAUGUAAUCACUGUGACAAAAACUAAUCUUUAGGAUUAUUAUAAAAACAAAGUAUUAAAAAAAGGAAUGAUCUUAGAUAUAAAUGAAUGGUUUUAACCACCUCUCCAAACGCAACUUUCACUUGAAUGCAGGAAAGCUUAAAGGUCAAUAGUGAAACAGAUAAAAAUAAAAACCCUGUCUACUUGUCUUACCUGCUCUAUCUUCCCUCCCACUUAGUUGAACCACCUUGGUUUAUAGUUGAGUUAAAAAAGAAAAGAUUCUACCUACCACUAUAGUUUUAGCAAGCACUACUAGGUCUUCAGCAAUUUCUAGGUCUUGCUCCUUUAUUAAUAAAAUGUGGGGAAUAAUCCUGGCUUUUAAACAGAUUCUAUACGUUUAGGUAGCAAUCAAAGUGGUUACUCUGGCAGAGCAAUAGCAUUUUUAAUAUUAGUUAAGUUAGAGGUAAUAUUUAAUAUUACCUCUAAUAUUUUCACCUUCCUUUAUGAUUUAGAUGUAGAAAAUAUUACAGAUAUUAACACUCCAUAUCCCACAUAAUUUUACAAUUUCAUUAUUUUUAGAACACCAUUCUGGAUUACAAACAGUAUUUAGUACGGAUCACAAAUGGUUAGAAUUUUAGUAAGAUUUUAUAAAAUUUUUGAAACAAAAAAAUUUACAGCUAUACAAGGAAGGUGUGGAGAAGGCUGGCAAUAAGGGAACAAACAUUUGUAUCACAGUGCCCCUUUAAGAAUUUUUCUCCUACCACCAUACCUGUUCCUAUAAAGGGAACCCAUGCUCCCCAAGCACUGAUGAACUUUGUUACUCAAUGACGUGAAAACUGUGUAAGCAAAAACUGCAGAAAAACACUAUGUACUAUUAUAGUGAUGAUGCUCAAACUUUUCAGGACAUGCAUUGUACAUUUUAAGACAAAGGUGAAAAUAAUCAUUUUGGGGUUAAAAAAUGAAAAUGGAAGAAAGGUGAAACAAGAGCGGUUUUCUUUAGCAUCCUUUACAGCUUAAAAACAAUAUGAGAAAAGAUAAUGUAUAGACUUCACAUAAAAUUGUAUUUACUAUACUUAGAAACUUGAAAGCUCAAGGAAAGUAAUCUCUGUCCCUAACCCACAUCCCAUCAAUUAUCUUAUGGGGAAUAAUUUACUUAUGGGGAAAUAUUCUCUCUCUCAAGCUUCAGCAAUGGCAACAAAGUCCUAGCUUGUGCCAUCUAUUUCCAUUGGCCACCAUGAAUCAAAAACAUCCUCAUCACAGCACUAUUGUUAACGAGACAGGAAUAACUACAAAGUGAUGACAGAAGACUCUACAGUGUGGCUAAUGUGGUAUUUAAAGAGCAAAUGUUACAAUAGCUGUAUGCUCUUUCAGAGUUUUAAAUUUCUGAGAUUUUAUGUAGUGACUGACAUGUCUACUUUAUUAUUGAUAGGCUAUUAAUAAUGCUAAUAGUGACCAUUAGACUGGAAUUCCUUCCUGCUUUUCCUACUCAAAUUCUACCAGUCCUUUAGGAACUAAGACUAAUCUUAUCUCCUUGUUAAAACUUUCUCUAAUUGUCAGAAAUCUCUACAAUGUUCAAUAUUGUAGCUACUAGCCACAUGUGACUAUGUAAAUAAGUUAAAAUUAAAUAUAACUUAAAGUCCAGUUCUUCAACUGCAAUAGCCCUAAUUCAAAUGCUCAAACUACAUGCAGUUAGUAUCUACCAUACAGGGCAACACAAAUUAUAGAACAUUUCCAUCAUCAUAGAAAGUUUUAUUGGACAGUGCUGCUCUACAAUUUCCCCUUCAACACAACUCCCAUGUAACUAAUUUUCUUCUGUUCAUUUUGGUAACUUCUACCUAACGACAGCUCUUCCAAAAUGGCCAUUUUAAACUGACUUAAUUUCAUUUCUCAAUAAACAAGUCCUUAAAGGCCCCUGGUAACGAAGUGUUAAAUUUAAUAUUCUUUAUAUAUCCAAACAUUUGUAACAGGCCUUGUAUCUAUUUAGUGGUCAACAGAUAACCGGAUUAUUCAAGUCUAUAUUUAUUUUUAGUAUUAGUAAUAACAUAAGCAUGCUUGUUUACAUUCGAAUGUAUAAACUGCUUUCUUCAACAUCUUGGUUCUAGCUAAUGACGAUAUAACUCUUAUGUUUGGCAGAUAUCUAGAGAGAAUAACAUUACUUUUAACACUUUUCUUAGGGAUUUGCAGUUUUUGUAGUGAGUAAUAUAUGGUCUCUCUAUUUUUGUUUGAAGUUUAAAAGUGAUAACCAAUGAAAGACUUUUCUUAUUCCCUCUGACUCUUCUAGUUCACAUUUACAGGCUAUCAGAUGUAAUACAAUACCAAAAUACUAAGUGGUACUAAGAACUAUGAGAAUACUGUAAAGCUCAAGCCUUGUCUGUCUAUCUCUGUCACUUAGCAUUAAAUGUAACAAAACUAUAAAUAAAUGGUAUGCACAUCAAUGGAAUGUUUUCUACCAAUAAAAUUUUUUACAUAAAAA